UCCCAUGGGACGUGGCCUACUAUAUAUCGAGAAGACUGGAAGAAAUUGAUCGAAGAUGCCGGGAUGAAGGCCGGAGACAUCUGCCUCUUCCAAGUUGUAGACAGGAGCAGCAGCGGGCUCAAGAUGAUGGUCCAUAUGAUCCGCACGUCGGAAAUGCUGCCUCGCAAGGAAGGAAGCACCAGCGUCGAGGCUAGCGAGCCUCGCUCGGAGGAGACACGCUUGGCCCAGCCGGGAGGAGACGCCGGCAAGCCUCGCGCGGAGGAGACCCACUCCUCCCCGGCGGGAGGAUACGUCGGCAAGCCUCGCGCUGAGCCCUCCGGAGGGAGCGACAGCGACAGCCGCCCCCAUCUGAAUGUGAAGAGGAGUCUCUCGCCUUCACCUGGCGAGUCCCUCCAAAAGGAGAAGAAGAUGCAGUUAGGGGCCACGACGUCCACCGAGCCCUCACCAGAGGAGCCCGCUGAGGAGACCCAUGCGCCCCUGUCGAGCCCUGAGGGGCGUGAGGAGAUGGCCCGCCAUGUUGAGACGGCAACGGGGCAGACGGUGACCGAAGAUGAUUGUGUGACUUCCCAGCCGCACGAAGACUUGCCUCCCCCAGCUGGGAGGAACGAGCUUCGCAAGGGAAGGGGGCCUCCGGAGGUGAGGAGGUGCCUCUAAAGGCGCGACGAGCCCCCAGCACAAGCCCACAGACGUGAAAUAACAUCAGGGUGUCAGCGAAAGCACAGACGUGAAAUAACAAUUUUGCAUCUGAUAGUAGGGUACUUUUACUAGUCAAAAAGGCCAAAAC